GGGGAGGCUGUAGAAGGGGGGAAGAGAGAACGACAGCACAGAAAACUUGAUUGGAUAAAAAAAAAAAAAAUCCUACACGCGUCGUAGCUGAAAGGAAGAGUGAGCGGAGCUAUAAAAAGUUUAUCGGGCAGGUAGAGCAACACGAGCUCGGCUAGGGGGAACAUCUGAUAUCCCGCAGUGGAAAUUCAAGCAGAGUCUAUAAAAGUGAGGCGGCUAUCAGGGGACUCACCACGACGACUCUUUUAAACUGCGGUUGUUUUGGAACCUGAGAGGACACCCGGCAUACAGAGAACCAGCAUGUCCCUCACCUCCAUCCUCUCGGCCGAAGACAUUGAAAACGCUGUGAAAGACUGUCAAGCUCCAGACUCAUUCUGCCACAAGAAGUUCUUUGGACUAUGUGGCCUCUCCUCCAAGACGCCUCAGGAGGUCCAGAAUGUCUUCCAGAUCCUCGAUGAGGACAACAGCGGCUACCUGCAGGAGUCGGAGCUCAAGUUUUUCCUGCAGCGGUUCGUCCCCGGAGCGAGAACGCUGACCGAGACUGAAACCAAAAGCUUCAUCUCGGCAGCGGAUGACGACAGCGAUGGCAGGAUCGGAGCAGAGGAGUUCCAGAUGAUUGUCCUGUCCUGAGGCCUCCAUGGAUCAGUUCUUGCUUCCAUUUCCACUGAUUUUUUUUGGAUUUCUUUUCAUUGGCUUGUAUUUCAGUGGACAUUCUUUUUUUUUAAUGUUCUGCUCUGCCCUCAUGAAUUGACAAUAACAAUAAAGGUCCUUCAAACCUGUGACAAUGA